AUGAGAGAAACGAGGGAGAGCAUGGACGCUGUAAAGCGUUACGUAAUUGUUGAACAUUUCGAGGAACAAUGGGGGCAGAAAAUUGGAUAUGACGCAUUGAGAGCUGGAAGGAAAGGAGUACCGGAA